AUGCCACCCCUGUCAGGAUUCUCCAACAACACCUUCGGGACCAGGGCCGACUUGGUCCAAGCCACGCUCGCCCUGCUCCGACCCCUUUUACCCCACUUCUCCCCGUCAAAGGGCCGGAUCCGAAUCCCGGUGUCUUCGGCUACCCAUUUCGACGAAACAGCUGCCCAACUCGAAGGAUUUGCCCGGCCCUUAUGGGCUGUCGGCGCAUUGCUGCUUGGGGCUGAUGCCACUUCAGAUUCAGCACUGUCAGCCGCAAUCACCGAAGUAGUCCAGCCAUGGAUCGACGGCUUCGUCGCAGGAACCGAUCCUGAACACCCAGAAUACUGGGGAGCAAUCAAAGGUCCGGAUCAACGCAUGGUCGAGGCCGAGAUUGUAGCCUUUGCUCUCCUUUCUGCGCCCGACCGUAUCUAUAAGCCUUUGAGCGAGAAGUCAAAGGAGAAUGUUACCAAUUGGUUGCGGUCUCUCAACGGAAUGGAAAUGCCGAAAAACAACUGGCGUUGGUUCAGAGUGUUUGGGAAUCUUGCUCUGUUCAAGGUCUGCGGCGUACCAUAUGAGAGUAUUCGCGAAGAGAUCAACUCAGACCUGGCGCUCCUGGACACUUUCUACCGCUUUGAUGGUUGGUCGGCAGACGGUCCCUGGCAAACUCCAGAGCAGGCCCAGGAUGAGUUUGAGCAAUUCGACAAGACUGGGAGACGUGACGCAAUAGGUAUCGGAAGACAGGCCGACUACUAUUCUGGUAGCUUCGCCAUUCAGUUCAGCCAGCUGCUCUACUCCCGGUUCGCCGCCGAUAUCGAUCCUGAACGAGCCGAGAUUUAUCGCCAAAGAGCGCGAGGCUUUGGUGUCACCUUUUGGAGGUACUUUGACUCUGAAGGCUCUGCUAUACCUUUUGGACGGUCAUUGACCUACCGCUUUGCCUGCGGGGGAUAUUUUGCUGCUCUAGCUCUGGCAAAAGUCCCUGAUAUGCCGAAGCCUCUCCAUACCCCCGGGGCGAUCAAAGGCUUCCUAUUGAGGCAUCUCAGAUGGUGGGCGAACAACUCUGAUGGUGUCUUUUAUCCCGAUGGUACUAUGAACAUUGGGUGGUUAUAUCCAAACAUGUACAUGUGUGAAGACUACAAUUCACCACAAUCGCCCUAUUGGUGCUUAAAGACCCUCAUUGCGGUUGGCCUUGCGGAAAACGACGACUUCUGGACUGCAGAGGAGGAGUCAUACCCCCAACUCUCUUCAACAGACUCGGUAGCCCUCGUGCCAGCGCCUCAGCAGAUUGUAUGCAACCAUCCCCAAAGCAACCACCAUUUCCUCCUUUCGCCGGGCCAAUUUGUAGCAUGGCCCAUGAAAGCCAACCAAGCCAAGUACUGCAAAUUCGCGUACUCCUCCGCCUUCACGUUUUCCGUACCAACGGGGCCGCUGAUUCAGCAAAUCGCCCCCGACAACGCCCUCGCUUUAAGUCGGGACGGUGGAGAGACGUGGGCGGUCAAGUGGAAAUCUGAACCGGUGCGCUUUUCGACUGCGUUUAUCGAGACAUCCUCGGGUACACAGGAAGUGCAAGCCGCAAGCGCCAAGUGGUAUCCAUGGGGCGAUAGAGCCGUCAGCGUAGACACUACGCUGAUUCCGCCGAGUGAUCGAUGGCCGGACUGGCAUGUUAGACUCCACAGAAUCAAAGUCCACGAGAAGCUCAAGACGCUACACACCAUCGAGGGCGGCUUCGCUAUUUCCGGUCGCAGACAGGCAGAUGGUUUGCCUCUCCCCAUCAUUUCAGACAUUCCACAAGACGCCAGCUUGGGUUCUGCCGAAGGGGUUUUGCAGAAAGAGCUCUCUACCUUGAUCUUGUCUUCCGCGGGCGCCAGCGGCGUGGUUUCAAAGUCGUUGAGCAGUCCUCAAACAACAUCAGAAAGCUUCCCGCUGAAGCCUGAUUCGAACACGAAUUUGGCUUGCCCUAGGACCUUGAUUCCGGUUGUUUCACAUGCUACUGUCGGUGGACUGGAUGCCGGCUUUGAAAUCGUCUUCCUCGAGUCCAUCUUUGCAUUGUCUACGUCGGCAAAUAGUGGUUGGCGCGGUACUGGCAAAACUGUGGCAGAACGAUGGUUGGAUGCCCCACGGGUGCAGCUUGUGUCUGAUUACCCAAAUACAACAGACGGUGAUAUUAUGCUAGUUGUUGCAUCCACUCAAGAUUGA